AUGGCUCCAUACAUUGACAUGCAAGAACCUGGUCCAUCGACCGCCGCCUAUAAUCUAAAUCAUCAAUCAAGUAGGGACAAGGAUUCCAGUACUGCCGUCAGGUACUGGCAGGAGCGUUUUCACAGCGUCGAAUCACAACCGCGGCUACCUACGUUUCCUCUAGACCACCAAUGGCCUCGUCCAGAGACAACACUUAUGGCCCCCGAUGGGCUUCUUGAAGCCGGUCUGGAGUUUGCUGGCAUACAUGAUAUUUACUUGGAGGAUCUGAUUUACUCUGUAUGGGCCAUUGUGUCUGUUCGACAUCUGGGUAGUGGCCAGCGCACGACCACCUUUGCUGUUGCUGGCGGGAACCGGCCAUUCUUCAAACACGACGGUGCCGAGAGCGGCCUAGCAGGUCAGGCUUUCCCCCUGAUUCUGUCUGUUCCUGAAGACGUGGACGUUCUAUCAUGGGUUCGUCAAGUUGGAAGCCUUCGAACGGAAGCCUCGACCCAUGCAUUUAUCGGCUACGAGCAAAUUCUCAAGAAUACCUCGGCCUUGCAUCCCCAAGUGAAAGUGUCCAUUACCUUUGAGGAUGAUAUGCAAGAUGCCAUGACUGCAGAUGACGAGUUCCCCUUAGUAUUCAACCUUUGCGCGUCAUUGUCAGCGGGGCUCAGGCUCUGUAUGCGGCAUAACACGUCAGUGGCUAGGGCAGACGUACGAAUCCUCCUAGAUCACUUUGCAGUCACACUACAACAAGUUAUAGAGAACCAUCAAUCGAAUGUCGCUUCGUUGGAUAUCAUGUCUCCUGCUGAAACGCAAUUAUUGCAGGAGUAUAGCAAAGCGGCUAUCCGCCCGAGCAGCGGCCUGAUACAUCGCUUGGUCGAGCAACAGGCCAGACUGAGACCGGAUGCAAACGCAGUACAGUUUGAACAGGACACACCCCUCACGUAUUCCACGCUCAAUAGACGGUCGAAUCAGCUGGCCCGUCAGAUCCGACAGUAUGGGGCCUCGUAUGUUCCCGUGCAUAUGCGUGUGUCAGCCAACUUUAUCGUGGCCCUGUUAGCUAUUCUGAAGUCGGGAGCUGCAUAUGUUAUUUUAGAUCCAGAUGCGCCAGCAACGCGUAAAUCAUUCAUCCUUAACGAUAUUCAGGCCGGGUUUGUUCUUGUGGACGAGGAUACAACCGGCGAGCUUCCAAGCGAACUGAAGAUUGGGAGUCUCCUGAACCAGUCGUUGAGUAAGGAGGACAAUGACAUCGCUGCGGAGCAACCUACAAGCAGCAUUGCAUACGUUAUUUAUACCUCAGGGUCGACUGGCAAUCCGAAAGGGGUUCUACUCGAGCAUCGAGCGGCAUAUAAUGGACUGUUGGCGUUUCCAAGAAUUGCAGACCUCCGCCAACUCCUCUUCUUUAACCCAGCCUUUUCAGCGGCCCAGAGGUCCAUCUGGGCUACGCUGAGCGUAGGCGGUUGUCUGUGUCUAGCCAGCAAAGAAAACUUGACCGUCCAUACUGCGAGGACGAUCAACACUAUGGAAAUCAAUUCCGUCGAUAUUACCUCGACCGCAGCUGCAUUGCUUUCUCCAGAUGAUGUACCAUCCCUUCGCCGAAUAGCUUUGGGAGGCGAAAUGGCGAAUCCGAUAGUCGUUCAAACAUGGGCACACCGCGUGGAACUUCUCUCUUCAUAUGGCCUCAGUGAAUGCACACAACUCAACUGGCGGUACAGAUUGCAGAGGGAUGUCAGUGCCCGAAUUAUCGGCCAGCCGUUCGACACGACGACUUCCUAUAUCCUCGCCCCUGCAACUACGGAGCUGUCGCCGCUGCUGGUCCCCGGGGAGCUAUGCCUCGGGGGUGCCCAGCUCGCGAGGGAAUAUUUGAACAACUCCGAAGAGACAGAAAGACGCUUUAUUCGCAAUCCCUUCGGGCAAGGCAUACUAUACCGAACAGGCGAUAUGGCUGUUCGCCAUGCAGACGGAUCGAUUGAGAUGAUCGGACGAAUUGAUUUCCAAGUCAAGAUCAAUGGACAGCGGGUCGAUCCCGGCGAACCUAAUUCGAUUAUCCAAAUCGUCGAGGGCGUGAAACACUCUGCGGUGGUUUCUGCGCUUGUGAAUAAGAAGAUGGUCCUCGUCGCUGUGGUUGUGAGCCGUGUUGACGCCGAGUGGGCGGCUCUUGUGCGCAAACUUCGUUCAGCUCUUGCUACAAGGCUACCACUCUACAUGACACCUAGCUUCUGGGUGCCUAUGCCAUCACUCCCCCUGAACACAAACGGCAAAGUGGACGUGUCGGCAAUCCAGAGGACGGUGGAGUACCUGGGCCAGUCGGGUCAGCUGCUUCCAGAACGCCCGAAGACCGGAGUAGAGGAGAGUGCCUUGACCCGGAACGAGAAAGCCGUCAGGAGACUGUGGGCCAAGUUCUUGUCUAUCCCAGAGUCUGAUAUCUUCCUGGAGGAUUCAUUCAUUUCUCUGGGCGGUACAUCGCUUGAAGCUAUCCAGGUCGUGUCACAGCUGCAGUCAGAGUACGCGUUGAGUCUUCGCGUUGAGGAUAUCAUCCUCAGCGACUCUCUCUCUCUCGUUGCUAGCAUUGCCCAGGAACAUCUCGCAGAAGGGAACGCCGAAGUCGCUACUGCGCCAUUUGCGCUUCUCCAAGAGCCACUCUCCCCGGAGAAUUUUGGCCUCAGUGCCUCUGAGAUCGAAGAUGCCUAUCCAGUUACACCGUUCCAAGAGGCCGCUAUCGCGAACACGUUGAUGGGCGGUACUAGCUACAUCUAUAGUCGGUCCUACAGCUUUGAUGGAUGCAGCCGGGAUAAUGUCAAGGAUGCUCUAGUGUCUCUAAUGAAAAUGGAGAGAUGUCUACGCACGACAUUUGUCCCCGAGGGGACAUCCUUCUUGCAAGUCGUGAGGAAAACAGCAGAUCUCCCUUGGGAGACUUCUGAAAUGGACGUGGCCGAAUACAUGCGACUACAGACGUCGAAGUCGAUGCAUCCCGGGGAGUUGUGGUGGAAUGCAGCGGCUUUCUCUGGCAACGUGCUGGUCAUCACAGCCCAUCAUGCACUUUUUUUGAUUUCUGGUCCAACGAAUUCCUCGUACAAGACCUGA